UUUGGGAGCGGUUGAAAGGCCCGGCCAGCUCCGCAGAGAUCAAAGACAAGCAAACAAAACUAGAUAAGAUCCGCAAACAUUCUUUCGUGCCGCAUCUCAUCAGCGACAAGCAUGUCGACAUUUGGACCGUUGCACUACUGGACAGUUUCGCCUCGCCAGACGCACAUCGAUACGUAAGAAGAAAGAGGGAAUAAAAAAGAGACAUCGCCUGUGGCCAUGGUAUGGCAUCCCACGCUUUCGACCUCGCAUCGCCGCGUCGGUCCUCCGAACGAUGGCCCCUCCCGGCGGAUAUCCACAAUGGAACCGCCCCGCGUAACGACAUGUCACAAGCAGCUGGCGGCUGGCCCGUUCUCGCAGUUCUCUAUUCAGCCUCGAACUCCGAGGCUCUUAGACCGAGCGUGACAACCAUCACGUCGUUCAAGGAAAAUUCUCUUUCUAACCCCUCGUUCUUCAUGCCCUGCAACCCGAACCGCACCGCACCGGUCUCGCAUCGGCACUCUUGCCCAGGUUUGCUGCUUGCAUGGUCCGGGCCCUCCCCUCAGUUUCCAGUUUUCUUCAGUUUGGGAACUGUCGCCAGUUUCUGCGCAGCAAUCAAAUGUACAGCACGGCAAGGCAAGGCAGAGGCGCAUGCUCGGCACGGACAAGGACAUCUCUUCAUCGUCUGAAGAUCUUUCCCUUCAAGCCUCUCAAAUGUCCCCGUUCUAUUAGCUCGGAAACCACAUGCAUCCAGGGCACACCCCGUCCGAGGUUUAUUGAACCAUUGAUGAUGACACUCUGCCUUGGCUAGCCCGCUCUUCUGCCACUGGGACCCCGAAGUUGCAUCUUGUUCGUUCCAAUAACUGCUUCCAGAAGCCUGCUGCUGCGAGGCUGCUGUCAGCAGUGGAAUUUCCAGGCCCUCUGCCCCCAGACUACAGUUGAUGGCCCUUUACCAUGAUGAGCGAAUAUGAUCAAUUUGCCAUCGGGAAACUGUCACAUACGACCAUACCCAUUGGAAAACUCGGGAUCCCGUCCGCUCUCCCAUAGAUAAGCCAAUGAGGGCCGGAUUAGUAGUUGGGUCGGUGACGACCAGCGAAUACCUGGUGUUGUAUGUUUUU